GAAAAUAUCUUGUUUUUUGUGACAUCAGCUAGCGAUUUUAAAGAUUUUCGGUGUUUCUUCAUUCAAGUAGGUCUCACGUGACCGAAAAAGCUGCCCGAAGAUGCUUCAAAUAUAACCACCGAGUACGGAGACUUUGCGCAAAGGGACUUUGUGUUGUGCGCGCGCUAUAUUCCUGAGGAAAGUUAUGUUUGUCAGAGCAGGAAGUGUAAAUCUGUGCGUGGAUGAGCCGAAAGCACUGCGGAGUCACACAUACGUGGGGAGCAAAUGAAUGGACGGAUGCCUUCAGUGAUGAUCUGAUCUAAGUGGCACGCCGGAGCCUGAAACAUGUCAUACUGGAACGUGUGUACCUCUACACAUCCAGAAGGUACCAGCAGCAGAAUGGAUCAACAAGAUGACAUUUUGGAGAUGGGAGCCAAGCAGUCGGCGGUUGGCAGCGUUCCCCUGAGUCAGUCGCCCACUCUGAAGAACAUCCAGGAGGCCUACACGGACGGCGAGGACCAGAGGGCGCGCGAGCUCAUCCGUCUGUCCUGCGAGAACAACAGCGCCAGCCGACCGGAUGGGCUGGAGCUGCUGAGCGUGGCCACACAGAACGGUGAUGCAGAGAGCGUGCGCUUCUUACUGAAGGACGCACGAGUUUCAGUUCCACAGGAACCCGCUGAGGGAAACCCUGCCGUCCUGGCUGCACAUUAUGGACAUCAGAUGGUGGUCCGAGAACUGCUGGACUCCAUACCACGUCCAUGUGUCCGUAAGGAGCUGCUGAACUGGAUGUUGGCUACGGCGUGUCAGCGGGGUCAUAUGGAGGUGGUGAAGAUGCUGGUCGAGUCGUAUAACGCUGACGCUGACGAUUGCGCUGUGCAUUCUGGAGAAUUUGCCAUCAUCACCGGUUUGCCUCUAUACGCCGCAGCACGAGCAGGUAAUAAAGAGAUCGCAUGUUUUCUGCUGAGGAAUGGAGCCGGUUUCUCCUCGUACACGUUGAUGGAUCACAGAGAGUUCUGCAGACAGCUGCUCAGAGAGCGCCACCUACAGGACAGAGACACACCUGCAGAUGACAGACUACAGCAGGCUCUGCAUGUCAACUGGUCGUGUCUGAAGCUGCCCUGGUUGGAUCUGGAUUGGUUCAUGGACGUGUCGUCUCGGAUCACAGUUCUGGAUCUGUCUCAUAACUGUCUGACGUCUCUUCCCUCGGUGGUGCCGUGGGGUCUCAUUAACUUGCGCUCGCUCGACCUCUCUCACAAUCUGCUCCGAGAGUUACCCACCCCGACAUCAUCUCAAGAGAUCAUCUGCAGCAGAUUAGAUCAUGUGAAUCUGUGUGAGAAUGAGCUGGAGUGUCUACCGGCCGGUCUGCUUCACCUCGGACACAUUCAGCGGAUUUCUGCAGCCAAGAACAAACUGAAGAGUCUCUUUAACAUCCCCAACGGCACUAACUGGAUAGGUCUGCGUAAACUACAGGAGCUGGACCUGUCGGACAACAUGCUGACGGAUGUCCCGUCUUCUGUACUGCACUGUCUGAAGUCUCUCAACAGUCUCAAUGUCAGCAGAAACAAACUGAGCGGCUUCCCCGACCCCUGGGCCUGUCCUCUGAAAAUCUGCAAAGCUUCAAACAACCAGAUGGAGACUCUCCCCGACACCAUCUCCAUCUUCUGGAGGACUCAUCUGAAGGAGGUGGACUUCUCCGAGAACAGCCUGAAAGAGCUUCCAUCGUAUAUAUUUGAGCUGGAGGUUAUUGUGUGUCUGAAGUUGUGUGGGAAUCAAAUCUCCACGCUUCCUGCUCCUAACAAAUGGAAAUGCUCUCAUCUCAGAACACUGGACCUCUCCAGAAACCGACUGGGGAAGACAGACGAACCAGCCAAAACCAGGAAACUGGCCUUCUUCACUACGUGGCACAGAAGAGACCCAGAACCAGUUUGUCCCAUACAGUUUCCUGUCAUUUUGCGGGAUUCUCUGGAAGUUCUCUUCCUGAAUGACAACCAGCUGGAGUGUGUGCCGCCAUCUGUGUAUGCCCUCAAGAACCUCUCUGAACUCUAUCUCUCCAAUAACCCAGGUAUCCAGGAACUUCCCAUCGAGCUUGGGCAGCUCUCCAACCUUUGGCAGCUGGACAUCGAAGACCUGAACAUCACCAACGUUCCUGCAGACGUCAGAAAAGAUGGCCCCUCUGCGGUUUUGGCGUACCUGCGGGCGGAGCUGCGAGGGGCGGAGCCAUGCCGUCUGCUGAAGAUAAUGGUGGUGGGUCCUCCUCGGCAGGGUAAGAGCGCUCUACUGGAGUCUCUUCAGACGGGUAAACAGUCACCCUUCCUCAACACCGACUGCAGCAUCCACACAUCUGCCUGGGAGCUGGAGAGACCCAGUGGAGUUAAAUCUGCUAUAGAUUCUGUGUUCUUUAACGUGUGGGACAUCGGCGGCCCGGCGAGCAUGUCGACAGUAAACCAGUGUUUUUUCACGGAUAAGUCUUUGUAUGUGGUGAUUUGGAACUUGGCUUUGGGAGAGGAAGCUGUCGCUAACCUACAGUCCUGGCUGCUGAAUAUCGAGGCCCGUGCCCCAAACUCUGCUGUGGUGGUCAUUGGCACUCAUUUGGACCUUAUAGACACUAAAUUUCGCAUGGAGCGUAUCGCGACACUGCGGGCGUACAUCCUGGCACUUUGCAGAACCCCGUCAGGCUCACGGGCCAGCGGUUACCCCGACAUUACCUGGAAACAACUACAUGAGGUGUCGUGUAAGACGCUGGAAGGAAUGGACUGUCUCAAGAGGUUGUUAUUUCACAUCGCUUGCUCUAUGAAGGACAUCAGCAACCCGGCUAGCUGCCACAAACUAGUGGGAAGACUGAUUCCCAAAAGUUACCUGAAACUCCAGGAGGCUGUAAUCGUUGAACGUGAGAGAAGAGACGCGAUGGAUGAAGUUCAGUACCUGACAGAUCUGGAACUGGAGCAGAUUAUCGAGCAGACACCAGACAGUGAUAUUAAAGACUAUGAAGAUCUACAAACUGCCAUUAGUUUUCUUAUUGAGACCGGCACCAUCCUGCAUUUCCCCGACACGAGUCACGGUCUGUGUAAACUCUAUUUCCUGGAUGCCGUGUGGUUGUCCGAGUGUUUGGAGCGCAUCAUCAACCUGAAGGGCUCGAGGUCUGUGGCUCGCAACGGAGUCAUCAAUGCCAAAGAUCUUCGCUUGCUACUGGUGGGAACAGGAUUUACACAACAAACUGAAGAGCAGUACUUCCAGUUCCUGACCAAGUUUGAAAUCGCACUACCCGUCGCCAGCAACAGUUAUCUGUUGCCACACCUUUUACCCCCGAAACCUGCCAUGGACAUCCACGGCUUUCGCCAGCAGAGCAACAACAGCAUCCAGCGACACUUUAAGAUGAGCUUCGUGCCUGCGGGAUUCUGGGAGCGCUUUAUUGCCCGAAUGCUUAUCAGUUUAAACCAGAUGGACUUGCAGGCAUUCGAGACCAAAAAGAACACGAAGAACCACAGUAACCGUAACACGGUGAUCUACAGCUUCGCAGGGAACCAGCAGCGGAACCGAUGCAGCACGUUUCGUGUCCGUCGCAGUCAAACCAUCUACUGGAAGGAAGGGCUGCUGGUCACCUUUGAUGGAGGAUAUCUGAGCGUGGAGUCCUCGGAUCUGAACUGGAAGAAGAAGAAAAGUGGAGGAAUCAAGAUUAUGUGCCAGUCGGACACGAGGGAUUUCUCUGCCAUGGCGUUCAUCACCGAUCAUGUUAACGCUCUUAUAGAGCAGUGGUUUCCUGCUCUGACAGCCAGCGAGAGCGACGGUUCUCUCCUCAUCGAGCAGUACGCUCCGUGUCCGUACUGCAGCUCCGUACCCAAAAUACCAGACGCUCACGCCGCCUCGCAUCACAACACCGUCCACUACUUCAACAUGGAGGACUGCGUCCUAGCCGCCGUGGACAAAGAGCACAUCACCUGUCCCAACCAUCCCAAACAACCCGUACCUCUACAGGAGCUGGUGCCCGAGCUCUUCAUGACCGACUUCCCUUCACGGUUGUUUCUGCUGAAGGAUGAUCUCGUGUGGACAGAACAGGAAGCAGAUAUUCUGGGUCAGGGCGGCAGUGGUACCAUCGUCUACAGAGCCUCAUACAGAGGUCAUCCGGUGGCCAUCAAACGCUUUCACUUCAAGAAAUGCAAGCAGCUGUCGCUCAACAGUGGCACAGACACGAUGGUGAAACACCUGCAGUCUAUGGACGCAGCCAGAAGCUUCUCGGAGUUUCGUCUGGAGGCGAGCAUGCUUCACUCUCUUCAGCAUCCCUGUAUCGUGGCUCUGGUGGGCAUCAGUAUACACCCGCUGUGUUUCGCCCUGCAGCUCGCACCGCUGGGCAGUCUCAACACCAUCCUGGAGGAACGCGCUAAAGGUUCUCAAUACGUGCCGCUGGGCCACAUGGUGACCUUCAAAGUGGCCUAUCAGAUCGCAGCAGGCCUGGCCUAUCUGCACAGGAAGAACAUUAUCUUCUGUGACCUCAAGUCGGACAAUAUCCUGGUGUGGUCUCUUGAUGUGGAAGACUCCGUUAACAUCAAGCUGUCCGACUACGGCAUCUCACGACAGUCCUUUCACGAGGGAGCCUUAGGAGUCGAGGGAACGCCCGGAUAUCAGGCUCCUGAGAUUCGACCCGGCAUCGUCUAUGAUGAGAAGGUGGAUAUGUUUUCGUACGGUAUGGUUCUAUAUGAGCUCUUGUCCGGCCGCAGACCGUGCAUGGGUCAACACCUGCUUCAGAUCGCUAAGAAACUGUCUAAAGGAGUGAGACCGGCGCUGGGCGGCCCGGAGGAGGUGCAGUUCCACUGUCUGCAGUCUCUCAUGCAGGACUGCUGGGACACCAAACCGGAGAAGCGUCCUCUGGCUGCUCCUCUCUUGAGACACAUGCACGAUCCCAGCUUUGCAUGUCUCAGAUACCUGCUGCCCUGUCAGGAACACAGUCAGCUCUUCCUCUCGCCUCUGCAGGGACACAGCGCUGUAUUCUGGGAUGGAGACAAUGACAGCAGGAACUACACGGUGGUAAACUUGGCUACAGGUCAGGUGGAGGUGAAGCGGAUGCUGUGUCCGGGAUCACGGCUCAGCUGCCAGCUGAAGAUGGACAACAGCCUGUGGACGGCCACCGAGGAACAGGAGGUCUUUAUCUACAGUCUGAAAGAGAUGUGUCCCUUGAGUCUUCCUCAGAAAGUCCUCUCCUGUCCGGCUGUGGUCACCUGUCUCUUCUUAUUGCCCGCCCGGAAAGAGACUCUCCCGCAGGUGUACGCAGGUAUGUCCGAUGGUCUGGUGGUUGUUUAUUCUCUGGUAGACGACAUGCCAGUGGAAGGGGAGACCUACAUCUGCUCGCACACUGUCAACAAGCAUCUGCUCGGCAUGGACGACUCUGACCCUCGCCAGCGGCCGUAUCCCGUACGAAGCAUCGUACCUGUGCGCACGGGAUCAGAGCUGUGGUACACCAACGGUCCCGGCAUCCUCGUAAUCAACAGCCUCACCCUUCAUCCCGUCUGCCGCCUGGACCCGUAUCUCCCACCUUCAAGCGUGAUCUCCAUGGCCACCUCCAUCAGCUGCUGGGGCGACGAGGUCAUCUGGUGCCUUGACGACCACACCAACUCGCUCCUGAUGUAUCACACUGCUAGCUACCAGCUUUGCGCCACCUACAACUGUAGCGACGCGAACCCGCUGCGGGACAUCUUCCCCGUGCAAAGGCCGACAGGGGUCGUCACUUCCGUGACCACUUCUGAGGAUAUAGAGGAGCCUCUCCCAACCAACCAGGAGCUCGUAACGAUAACGGUCACGCACAGCGACGGUGCCGGAACGCAGAUCCUGUGCCAGCAGGACUCGCUGGAUUACUGCUCCAUGACUUCUUCAGGGUUCAGCUCUGAACAACUGGAUCAGAUCGGAGAUUUGGAGCAGGCCGGAGCAUGUCUCCCUCACAUUGAGCGCUCUAGCUCAGGACCUCUCAGCUCGCUGACCAGCUCCGGCAGUAUUCCCUUAUCCACGGACUUUGAAGAGACAGAGCUGGCUUCAGUCGAAUCAUCACCGUCCAGAAGUGCAGCAGAUCCAGAACUGUCUGCGCAGAACAUACCACCACAACUGAAGGCUUUAAACAUCAUAGCCGUCAACGGCUCCAUCUGGAUUCCAAGGCGUGGAGGUGACAUCAUGGUCAUUGAGGUUCAAGAGCAGUCGGGGUCGCUCAGAGGUCGUGUGAUCGCUGUGUUGACGGUCAGCGGAGCGGUGGAGUACGGGGCUCUCGCCGAGGCAGCGCUGGUUGCUAAAGACACUGUUGUGUGUGGCUUUCGCAAUGAAAACAUGGCCUGGUGCCUGGCUGUCUGGAGGAGCUGGGGAGGCCGAGAACUGGAGCUCUUCUACCGCGGCUACGAGGACCUCGGCCGCUUGGAGAGCAGUUUGAGGAAAAGGAGGUAGCUGUGUAAACCCGUGUGUGUGUCGGACGGAGAAUCGACGUACUGUGCCGCUCGUAACGAAACACACACACACUCGAUACAGGUGCGUGCUUGUGGGCACAGUACACAUGCAGGCUCAUACAAACCCGUGAAGCCCCACGUACGGUUUUACACACACAAACACAACAGCGACAUAUGGAUUCACACUCGCAAGUUUCCAGACAAACACACUGUGGCUGAAAGACAAUUAAAUACUCGGAAGGUGAAGCUAAACCAGUUUUCACAUCAGAAGGUCUUCGCUCACCUCGCAACGUGAAAGUGUGUCAAUGUGUGUGUCCAGAAAGAGAUCGACGUGAGGAAAUGAUGCUGGAAUGACCUCUUCUUUAAUCUGGACGUACCUUUGCCGAAAGCGCAUCUUGUGUUUGUUAAAGACCCUGGAAGUGACCAGCAAUCAUACAACGCCACCUGGCAUCAUUUAUUAACCUUCAUGUCAUUUCAAACCUGUAGGAGUUGACAUUUCUCAAAGUAUCUUCUUUUGUGUUCCACUGAAGAAAGACUCGCAUACAGGUUUUGAGAGCAUUAUGUGCUGAUCUGACGUUUUGCUAUUGUAAAUAAUAUAUCAGGAGUUCAUCUCUAUAGAAUGAAAUGUGUUAUUUAUUGUAGAAUGUCCAAAUCUCAUGCAGCAUGUGUAAAAACUUGUGCCCGAACUGUAAAUAACCUUAAAAUGAACAAUAAAUUGGGGAAAAAACUGAACGUUGCACUGCUUUAUUCCUAAAUUGCUUUCAGUUUACCUUCAGCUAAUCAAACAAAUGCCAUGAAAUUAUGUAUAUGUAUAUUUGCGUAGUUGACAAAUAUACAGUAUCAUACAUGUGAUGGCAAACAAACUGUUAAUAAUACAUGAUUCAUAUUUACUAUAUUGAUCAUAUAAAACAGCAUAAGAGAGAUUUAUCUUCGUUGUUAGAUUUUUCUACAUUUUUCCUGUCACCAUAAGACCGCGUGCGGUAUAUUUGUCAACUACCCAAAAACAUUUGAGAAUUGAAAUAUUUUAAACAAUUUAAAUACAUUUUUACACAUUCUGUCAUGCGCAUCAUCUCUCUCACACAUGCACUUCCAUGUGUUUUCAUUCUGUGAGUUUAUGUUACUGUGGAUUCAUAAUAAAAGGAAUGCACACAUUUUAUUACACCUCUAAUUACAAUGGUAACACUGAUUUGAUCUUAGAAAUAACCUUAACCUGAGACCCCUAUCAUUUAGACCAUUUCAUUUAAAGGUUCUAUCUAACAAAAAUCUGUUUUUGACCAAGUGCAUGAAAAUAUCGGUCUCUUUAUCCUAUUUACAACAGAAAUGUUUUUUUCGACAAAGCAAUGUUGAAAUGUUUUGUCGCUCUUAAAAUGUAUCUUGUCCAAUCAGAAUCAGAACCGGAUUAGUUGUAUAAUAGUUGUGUAAUGUUGAAUAGAUCCAACGAAAGUGAGAGUUCUUUUGGUUUGUA